CAGCCACAACACACAGCACACAUGUUUUUUCAGUUGGUAUGUAGUUGUAUAGAUACAGUAAUUGACUAGACAAGUGUCCUGUAGAUAAACAGAACCCAAAAUGUCUCAAUUUGAAAAUGAUACUACAAAGGCAAUAAGACCAUUUUAACUUGAUUCUUGCCAUUGAACUCUGUUUAAAAUGCUGUUGACCUUCUUCUACAUGGUUGCUACAUGGAUACAGUCAUGGAGACUGUCUUCAUUAAGGACACGUCUCCAAUUACUUCUGCAAGGAGUAGAGGCUACCAGGCCUUCAGUAAUGCUUUAUACAGCACAUGAAUUAUGUAUCAAGGAAGAAACAAACGGCAAUAAGAACAAGUCACUGAUUGGCAACAAUCACCACAACAGCCUCAGUUCUCACUUUUGUAGUAACAAUAACCUUGCAAUGCUGGGAGAUUUACUCUGGUUUCAGGGUGAUAAGAGACUGUGUAUAAUUUAUCCUCAACAAAAAGUUGAUGUGACAAAUUGGCUGUUAUAUCCUCAUGGAAAAACUAUUUUCCCUCUAUUUGCUCACAAUAAUGCACAAAUAUCUUUGUUGCAAAAUGAAAAAAUGCACGUGCUCAUAGAAGCUGAUUUAAAUAAUUAUAUUCCACAUGCUUUCUCAAAAGCCACAAAGCUAGAGGAUUAUGGGUUAAUAGUAUCUUGGACUUUGGAUAAUGUUUUUGCUGUGAUACUAGAAACAGAUUUAGAUCAUAUAACAAAAUUCUCUACUACACUCAUGCAGGGACAAUGCUUCAUUAAUAAUGGCUUACCUGUAACACGUAUUGAAUCUGUUUCAGUCUCUGGCAAGCCUUGUGUGUGCAAUUAUGAACGCUUCAAUGCAGUAGAAAGUAAAAAGUUAAUGGGUGGCUCACAAUGGAAAGCAUAUAUAAAUAAAUUAAAGUUAGUUAGUAGUACUGCCAGACAAGUCUCGCAACAGAAUAUUUCGAUAGAAGUAAAAGAAAUAUCCGGCUUAGUAAUAUCACCGGGAAGCCAACCAAUUAUCUUACAAAUGCCUACAAUUUUAGAAAUUGCAGCCUCCAGCAAUAGCUCAGUUCCAUCUACGCCUCCACCAACGCCAGCUUCAGCAAGUGCCAUAAUGAAUAGAACAGAGCCAAAGCUAUCUCAAAUUAUCGCUAAUUCUAAUAUAGAAUUGAAUCCUCUUGUAAAUUUAUCUAUGAGUUCGCUUACUAAUUUAAGUUCGGGUAGAUCACAGGAGUAUAUUCUCGAAAGCUCACAGGAGAAUCUUCUCGGAACACCUAUAAAGUCUGUAAGGCAUUUAAAAAAAUUAGAUAGAGACACUAGAAUUUCCAGUUUGGCGUCUUCCGUAUCAUCGCUAUCUAACGUAAACUACUCGCCGUUGAAAAAGACUGACUCUACUAAAAACGUUAAGCCACCAAGCAUCUUAAUUUACGCAGACAGCGCAGUCGCCAGUGAUAAUGUUCACAGUGUUCUUCAGACAAUUCUCAAAGAGAACAAAUACACAAUUUAUGCGUUAUCUACACAGCAGGCGAAGCAAGACAUUUGGAUGGAUCAAGCAAGUCUGGUGAUUGUAUGCGGCAAUGUCGGAAGCGACAUUGCAUCCCAAGUAGUCGAGUACUUAACGCACGGUGGUAAGCUUUUAGCUCUUUGCUCGGAUAUACUGAAAAGCCUACUGCCAACUUUCAAAACUGCGGAAGUACGUGAAAACGAGCUCGUUCGCUUCUCCUAUGGAAAAUGGAAGCAUGUUCGCAUGAUGCAUCACGUAUUUUGCUAUCAAGCUUCCCCGGUGAAAACUAAAUUCUCGCAAGAUGUAGACGAAUCCAGAACGGCCACGCCGCCAACGCCAGUGUCGGCAAGUAUAACGGAUUCUUCUGGUAAAACGCACGCGAUCGAAGUAAAGGUAUUGGGUUCGGAGGAAACAUGGCAUACCCCGAGUAUUCUGCUAGCCAAUCUAGUUGAGACUGGUGGCAAGGCACUUUUUUCGCAAAUUCACCUGGAAGCAGAUCCUUCGCAGUAUGAGUUUGAAGAGAGCAAAUUCAAUGCACUCAAGGAGAGCAACGUUACGCGUCUUGAGAUUUUCACCGACCUCAUCAGUACUCAUAUGGGACUGGAUGUUAAUCCUAAACCAAAGAUACCACCUACUUACACAUCAGCAUUUUUUCUGGGAAGACAUGAGCUAAAGUUAGAAAUGCUGAAAAAACUGAAGAGCAAAAUGCAACCGAACGAUAUACUAAAAACAACGAAGCUAGAAAUUCAAUUUUGUAAUAACUUAACCGAUGCGAAACCUGCGUCCUCCACCUUCCUACCUGUUAUAGUCCAUAGAUGUCCAGAGAAUUUUAAUACUGUAGAGUAUUUUGAGAAUCUCAACACAGAAGCUAUCGGUCGCUUGGUAAUAUAUUCGGACGUUAUGACAACUUCCUACGAUGUUACGGAUAAUUUAGUGCUUCAGCAUGGUUUAGCAGUUAUACCUCGUCAUCAAACACAUGGUCGAGGACGCACUAAUAAUACUUGGCUAAGUCCGGAUGGAUGUGCCAUGUUCACUUUACAGUUACAUAUUCCUACAAAUUCCAUUCUUGGAGAGCGAAUUUCUCUUAUUCAACAUUUAACUAGUGUAGCUAUUGUGUCCGCUGUUAAGUCGAUUCCAGGAUACGAGAGUAUAAAUCUCCGAAUAAAGUGGCCUAAUGAUAUUUAUACGGAAGAUAACUGUAAAGUAGGAGGUCUAAUUGUUAAAUGUAACCAUCAAACUUCGUUUAUUAUUUGUAAUAUAGGAACUGGCAUUAAUGUUUCAAAUAGUUCACCUACAGUUUGUCUCAAUGAUCUAAUUAAAAAACAUAAUGGGACAGUAAUGAAAAAAUUAAAAAAAUUAACAGUAGAACGGUUUUUAUCGGCAGUUUUUAAUGAAAUUGAACAUUUGUUGAAUACUGUACAAGAUGGAAAUUUAGACCACUUAUAUAACUUGUAUUAUCAAUAUUGGAUGCACACAGAUGCUGAUAUUACGAUAAUCCAAUCGGACGGUUCAUCACAGCAAGUCAAAAUUAUAGGUAUUGACAACUUUGGAUUUUUGGAGGUCAAAGGAAAACGGGGAAAUGUUUUCUCGGUUCAUCCGGAUGGAAAUAGUUUCGAUAUUUUGAAAGGAUUGAUAGCACCAAAGUUAGAAAUUUUAUGAAUACUUAUACGGAAUAGUCACCAUGUGGAUUGUUCGGAAAAUAUUUCAUCCAAAUAUUGAUUUAUUUUCUUGAUUACCGUUCAAUGUGUAGUCGAUAAAAAUACAUUCCUACUGCUAGUGACAUUUUUCAUUUUUAACUUUUUCAGAUAUCAUCUUUUUAGUAUAUUGAAUGUUGACAUUGUAAAUUAUAACGAUAAAGUUUCAUCUCUUAACUUUGGAUUCUAAAUGACAUAAUUCUUAAGACCACUUUUCAUUCGGUUCAAUUGUUAUGUGUAUAAAAAUAUUGAUGUUUUAUGACACACGUGUGACUUAAUACAAAUUCAACAAACAAAAUUGAACAAAAUGAUCUAAUCAUGUAUACUUCUUACAAUUAAUCAUCAAAUACUGCCUACAUGAUAUCAAUGUAAAUUAUUCUAUCUGAAUGUGAGUUAUAUCAAAGCAUUAUUGCUGAUGGAGAAAUAUGAAACCGUUUAAAAACUUUAUGAAGUAGGAAUUAGCUAUUGUUAUCUUCAUUGAUAUAUAUUUUUUAACGAACGAUGAAAUUCACAAAUUAAUAUCGUGCGAUCGUUGCGAUUUUGAAAGGAUAACUGUCUCUGCGAGCGAAAAGUCUAGAAGAUUAUCUUUAUGGGAGAGUGACCAUAUAGGAGAGAGGGAAAGAAAGACAGAUGGUUGCGUGGUGUUAACAAAGAGAUGACUCGGGAUAAAAGAAAUAGGAUCUUCUCCUAGGAUUUCUCCUGAAUAUUGGCCUGCUCUACAAGGACCCCUUGGAAAAUCAGAAUACGGAUAAUUCGGGGGUGAAAAGCCUCUUUUUUCGAAAAAGAUGAUGAACUGUCGACUAAUCAUCCCAAUACCCCGAGUUCCUGCGUAAGUUUUUAAAUCAAAUGUUUGCGUGUGCGUUAUUUCUCUCUCUCUCUCUCUCUCUCUCUCUCUCUCUCUCUCCCUCUCUGUCUCGCUCUCGCUCUCUCUCGCGAUUUGAAUGUACGAAUUUUGAGCCGUUACAUUUGUAUAUGUUAUUGUAUAUUAUGUUGUUUUGAAGAAUAUACCGCCGAAAAAGAAUAAUUUUAGCGCGUAUGUGAUUAACCUGACAAAUCUGCCUGUGCAUGCAACUGACUUCUGAUCAGAGCAUUGCGUGUGACAUAGUCAAACGUUCACCUUUCAGCAGACAGCCAGUGGCUAACAGCAACAACAUCCUGUCUCGUAAUAAGAAUCAGCGAUCGGUUGAGAAUUAAAUAAAUAUUCCCGCUUUACAAUUUUUUUUCUUUUUUUAACAAAAUUGUUGUUUCUUUUGUGAACAAAAGUUGUAACUGCUAGCAA